AAUGAUGUGUCCACGUGGGAAUGUGUCUGAUUGAAAAUGUGUCCCGUUGAAAUUGUGUCUCGUUGGAACCAAAUCAGAGAUCAUAUGAUCUGAGCCUGUAAUAAUGUAAAUUAAUAUUCUUUCCCGUGCGAUUUAAGUAUAGACUAAGUCUGGCGUCCGUAUUAGCGCGAAUCAAGAAGGUUGCCAUUCUAGGAAGUGUACAUCGACCCUGAUGACGACGUAAUGAAGAUGUCGACCAAGUGCUUCAACGCGAUCCGCGCGUGCGCCUCGGGUCUGCAGCACACGCGUCACGGGUACCACGUGGUGGGCGCGCCCGGCGUGUAUCGCGUGGUGCUGGUCGGGCCGCGCGGCUCGGGCGCGCGCACUCAGGGGCUCCAAGUGGCCAAGCACUUCGGACUCAUAUACAUGAAUUUCGCCGAUCUCUACAAAGAAGCUUUAGAGAAGGAUGACGAAGUGGGCGAUAAGCUUCGGAAAUUUGGACCCAGCUCCCAGCUCAGGGCCGAAAUACUGCGGCGCCGCAUCCUGAAGAAGGAUUGCGUUGACCUUGGCUGGGUGCUCAGCGGAUUCCCGGCCAACGGAUUGGACUUUGAAAACCUGGAUAACAUGUCCACUCCACCUAAUCGAAUUAUAUUCCUGAACGCGGACUGGCAGACAUGUAAGAAACGGCUCAUGUCCCAGGCCAUUGACUGGUGUACCGGGCGUCCCGCAGUUCCUGGAUCGGGGCCUCGUGUGCUGCCCCAUCCGACGGACACUGAAGCCCACAUAGACUAUGAUUUAGACUACUACUUCACGGAGGCGUUGGCGGAGCUUCGCGCGGCGGCCGGCAUCACCGCGGUGGAAAUUGACGCCAAUCAGCCUUUCGAUACUGUGCAUGUAAAAAUUCUAGCCGCAGUCAUGGCGUCACCGGCUUUCGACAUAGAAAACGGCUCUCAGCUGAGAAAUGUCCGCGGUGACUAAUCUUCUGAGCUUGAAAUGGAAUUGGCAAUUUUAUAGCGCAAUAAUAUAAAAACGAUUGAAGAUCGAAUCUUUUUGUUCGAAUACUUGCCAGUUUUCAUAUGCGUAAACUAGUAUUGAUGUAUUUACAUAAUUUUGAAUAGUCUUGUUGUUUCAUGAUUACCUACUA